AGUCAACCCAUACGACCAUAUGAGCAUUAUUUAUCUUUACAAAGCUUCCCAAGCACGACUCGCACCCCACAGAAGAGUACUCGUCAUUUUGGCGCCUUGGUUGGACAUUUUCGAAUAUCUUUUGCUGUAACAUCUUCUUCCUCGUAGUCUCUCUCUUCCGAUUCAAGGUUUAUUCAAUCUUCAGAGUUUUCUGGGCAGAAUUCACAUCGCAAAAAUGGAGCAGCAGCAGCGAACCUCUAGGGCGGCGGCUCAAGAAUCAGAAGAAAUCGAAGAAGUACAACAUGGUCCUUCUCCUGUCGAACAACUUCAAGCAGCUGGUAUUGCGGCCAUGGACGUUAAGAAGCUUAAAGAUGCUGGCUUAUGUACAGUUGAAGCUGUAGCCUAUUCUCCACGCAAGGAGCUUCUUCACAUAAAAGGAAUCAGUGAAGCAAAAGUUGACAAAAUAAUUGAAGCUGCUUCCAAACUGGUUCCUUUGGGUUUCACUAGUGCUACUCAACUACAUGCACAGAGACUUGAGAUUAUUCAGAUAACAUCUGGCUCUAGGGAGCUUGAUAAAGUCUUAGAAGGAGGACUUGAAACGGGAUCCAUCACAGAAUUAUAUGGCGAGUUUCGUUCUGGAAAGACUCAGCUAUGUCACACACUCUGUGUCACUUGCCAACUGCCAUUAGACCAAGGAGGUGGUGAAGGAAAAGCAAUGUACAUUGAUGCCGAGGGGACAUUUAGGCCACAGAGACUUUUACAGAUUGCAGAAAGGUUUGGGUUGAAUGGUGCUGAUGUAUUAGAAAAUGUGGCCUAUGCAAGAGCAUAUAACACUGAUCACCAGUCAAGGCUUUUGCUUGAAGCAGCUUCAAUGAUGGUGGAAACAAGAUUUGCUCUUAUGAUAGUAGACAGUGCUACCGCACUAUAUAGAACAGAUUUCUCAGGAAGGGGAGAGUUAUCAGCUAGACAAAUGCACCUUGCUAAGUUCCUAAGGAGCCUUCAGAAGUUGGCAGAUGAGUUUGGUGUUGCUGUGGUCAUUACAAAUCAAGUGGUUGCCCAAGUGGAUGGUUCUGCAGUCUUUGCUGGUCCUCAAAUCAAACCUAUUGGUGGCAAUAUAAUGGCUCAUGCUUCCACAACAAGAUUAGCACUCCGAAAGGGAAGAGGGGAGGAGCGCAUAUGUAAAGUAAUAAGUUCUCCCUGCCUUGCUGAAGCAGAAGCAAGGUUUCAGAUCUCUACAGAAGGUGUUACGGAUGUUAAAGACUGAUACCUUGUCCUCUUACUUUCUGUCAAUAGGAAAGUUUGGAAGAGGGUGUAAAUUCUGUUAUGUAGAUUAGUUUUAUAGUAGCAAAUCUGAAAAUGUAGAUCCUUUGAUUGAAUGCCUCUUCCUGUAUUCAAUUGUCCUAAUACAUUACAUUGUGAUAUACCAGUAAAUUGGUUUCACUCCUUUUUGUCAA